CGUGACUACAGCGGGCUUUAUCGACAUCCUUGUCCGAAAUGGAGGGUAGGGGGCGGUUAUGUUGCUGUUCGGAGUCGUUGUUUGUGGUCUUCGUAUCGUCUAAAUCGACAACGAGUCCACCGACUACGUGACCCCUUUUCCCACUCUUAUUGGUGCCCCGCGCUCACUUUAGCCAGCCAGACCAGCCUUCUUUACCACUCUCAACUUGUUUGGGUUCCCUUCGACCCUCCUCCCUUCAAUAUCUUUGCCACGCUCCCCAACCUCGUGAGGUCCGACUGACCUCAGUGCUGGCUUUCGUUUCUAUAACAGCGACGAGUAGAGGCAUUGGUUUUUUUUUUUUUUUUUUAUCGGUGGCAUUCUGUUUUCAUCAUUUUUUUUUCUUGUUUGUUCAUCCUUCUAGUCUAAUUCUGGGGUUUGGGUACGGUACCUAUCUACCUCCCUAAUCAAGCUUGGUGGAUCUACCUCAUCAGCUGGCGAUCACCCUCCUUUCAUGCCUGGCAUCACUCUGCCCACAGGAUUUUUUUGUCUGUCUCGGCCAGCGGAACGAAGCCCAACAUUGCCGCCGCCGCCGCCCUUGGCUCCUCUUUGUCUCGCAUAGGAAGUGGUGCUUGUGUCUUGCAUUGUCUGGCGUUUCCCCGUUCUCCAGUUGCAAUCCGGCCCGGAUACUGUCUCCCGGCUUACACAACAUUCCUGUGCAUCUGUUCCACCUUGGCAUACAAUUUCUCUCGGUCUCUCUCUCUCUCUCAUUUUUUAUAUUGCAUUAAGCCAUUUUUUCCAGCACCAGCGUUUCCAUUCGGGCAUUCAACCUGUUACCUGGUCCCCCGACUUCGAAACAUCGGGUCUCUAUCAAUGCGGCCUACAUAACCACUAAUAAUUCCUUGUUCCGCCGGGGGGAGAGCGAGGGAGGUCUUGGGUUGGAUAUUGGUCGACAUUUAUCUCUGCAGCAGGACGACACAACUCGCAUCGCCUACUGCUGAGAGAAGCGUAUUCCACUUUCGUCCGCUCUUAUCACCAUGCUUGCUAUAUAUCUCGCUUAUUUGGCUCUUUGGGUUACUGGCAGCUACGCUUUCUUCCCUUGGAUACCAUGCGAGGACAACAACAGCUGCGAGUCUCAGCAAAGUCGGAGACGAGGCCCUGAAAGUGGUGGGGUUGUAACGUUCCCUCUGUCCGUGAGGGCGUCCAAUAACGCAGCGGUUAAGUCCCAUGGAGAGAGUAUAUCGCGAAUAGCUCGGUAUCUCUCGGCCAAGUAUAGUCGAUCGGUCUCGUCUGAAAACGACGAGCAACAUGAUGGAUCAGACUUGACCAGGCGACAGAAUAACAGGUACACGAUAUCCAGGGCCCAGGAUCCCAAGACCGCGGACAGCAUACCGCUCCACCAAGAUGGGACCGACUUUUCGUACUUUGUCGACGUCGGCAUAGGCUCUGGUCCGAAGCAGAUGCUAAUGCUCUUGGACACCGGUGCCGGUACAACCUGGAUCAUGGGCUCGACGUGCAAGUCGACUCCAUGCGCCAUCCACAACACUUUUGGACCCGACGACUCAUCCACCUUCAAGGCUGAAGCGAAGGACUUUUCGAUAAACUAUGGCAGCGGAUCGGUUUCUGGAUCGCUGGGGCGGGACACACUCUCGCUCGCUGGCAAGAAGAUCCCGAUGACGAUCGGUAUUGCCAACGUUACAUCCGACCACUUCAAUCAUUUCCCAUUCGACGGUAUUCUCGGCUUAUCCAUGGCCAACGGGGCCACGGACAAUCUGCUUCAGACUUUGAAGAAGGAAAAGGCAUUCAAAUCCAACGUGAUGGGGGUUUAUGUCAACCGCAACUCGGACGGACCCAACAUGGGCGAGGUUACUUUUGGUGGGAUCGAUUCGUCAAAGCACAUUGGGGAUAUCACGUACACCAAAGUUCCGGACAACGCUGGUGGUGUCUGGGCCAUCCCUCUCGACGACUUUUCAUACGAUGGCAAGAAGGCUGGCAUAUCGGGUAGGCGCGCCUAUAUCGACACGGGUACGACCUACAUCUUCGGCCCACCUGGUGAUGUUAGCGCUAUUCACAAGCAGAUCCCUGGUGCCAAGAGCUCCGAUGGAGUAACCUACACAGCACCAUGCGACUCGAAUAAGCCCUUGACCGUCUCCUUCUCGGGCGCUAGCUACACCAUCUUCACGAGCGAUUGGCUGCAGGCUCCCAAUGCCAACGGCGAGUGUGUCAGCAACCUAUAUGGAAACGAGGUAGUCAGGGGUAGUUGGUUGCUCGGGUCCACAUUCCUCAAGAAUGUCUAUGCCGUCUUCGACAUGGACCAGAACCGUAUCGGCUUCGCCCCUCGAUCUGUUCCACCUCAAGUCACAUCGAGCACGAGCGCCUCAGGAGCACCGGCAGCGACUUCGGUGCCUCUGGCACACGGCCCAACCACUCCAGAAGCGACCGGUCCUGCUAGCCCUGCUACUGCUGGCGGAACGUCGACGUCGUCAACGGGUUCCGCCCGACCUUCAUCCAACCAGCCGCAAAGUCCUGCCCAACGCAUAUAUCUCAGUCGAUACAUGUUGGCUGCAUCGUUCCUCGUUGCAGCAACAAUAGCAUCGGGGCUCUCCUGAAUAUCUAGUCGGAACCGUAUUCUCUUCAAAAAAAUAAGCAUCGAAUGUGCGAUAUUUAACCAAGGAGGCAUUCGCAUAGUCAUCAUAGCCAGAGCGUGUCAUUGAUUUAUCAGCAAAAGAAACGAGACAGAAAUGUAUUGAGCAAAGUGAGAGCUAGGGCAUAGUGGGGGGGGGGGUUGCUUAUGCAAACUAGAAUGUGCAUUCCAUAGCACCGCGCCAUUUGCAGGUUGGCGAGCAUGAUGGACGAUAGAACGGGUUUGAGAGGAGCGCGUUACGUGUAGUUUAUUGUAAAUUAUGAUACCCACCCGGAAGGGUACACAGAAGGAUAUAGCAAACAGUCGAAUAGCGACUGAAAAGUUGUUUGGAUACUCUUCCGUGCCUGCGUGUUAACAAAAAAGAGUGCAACGAGAUUUACCCCCUUGUGCUUGUGUACCUGGACUAAUGCGUGCCGU